AUGGAGGGCCUAUUCUUUAAUGUUAACGGCGGAUACGUCGAGGGUAUUGUUCGCGGAUAUCGCAACAGCCUGUUGAGCGGCCAGAACUACUCCAACCUCACUCAAUGCGAGACGAUCGACGAUGUCAAGCUCCAGCUUGCGCCUUCAUAUGGCGAUUUCCUUGCCUCUCUUCCUCCCAACCCCUCCACCUCCGACCUCGCCGGCCGCAUGACCGAUAAACUAGUCUCAGAGUUCAAGUACCUCACCGGACAAGCGACAGGGUCAUCUGCCAAGUUCCUCGAAUACAUGAAAUACGGAUACAUGAUUGACAAUGUCGCCCUGUUGAUCACCGGCAGCCUGCAUGGACGAGAGUUAGAACCCCUCCUCAAGCGCUGCCACCCGCUAGGAUGGUUCGAAACACUGCCUUUGUUGAGCUCUGCGGGGAGCAUGGAAGAUCUUUACAAUAUGGUUCUGAUCGAGACCCCACUGGCGGCCUACUUCAAGGACAGCUUGAGCCACCAGGACCUGGACGAGCUCAACAUCGAGAUUGUUCGCAACACGCUGUACAAGAACUACCUCGAGGACUUCCACGACUUCAUCAGUACUCAUGCCGAUUUCCAAGGGUCACCAACACAAGAUAUCAUGGCGGAGAUUCUGCAGUUUGAGGCAGAUCGCCGCUCAAUCAACAUCACUCUUAAUUCGUUUGGCACGGACCUCUCAAAGUCCGAACGGGCGAAGCUUUACCCUCAAAUUGGAAAACUGUACCCAGAAGGUAAUUACAUGCUGGGUAAGGCAGAGGAUGUUGAGGGUGUGGCCCUUGCUGUCAGUGCUGUGGCAGAUUACAAGGCAUUCUUCGAUGCCGUGGGUCUGAGCCAAGGCGGCGGUCUAGGUGGUAUGGGAGGUGGUCCUACAGAUGGCAAGAGUCUGGAGGAUCUCUUUUACCAGAAGGAGAUGGAACUUUCAAAGUUGAUCUUCACCCGUCAAUUCACCCCGGCGGUGGUCUACGGGUGGAUGAAGCUCAAGGAGCAGGAAAUCCGCAAUGUCACUUGGAUCGCGGAAUGUAUUGCCCAGAGUCAGAAGGAGAGAAUUGGAAACUUCAUCUCCGUGUUCUAA